UGCUACUAUAAAUACGGCCGGUGUGUGCGGAGGCGGCGAUAGCAGAGAGCGGAUCAUCCCCGGCCAUGGAGUUCCUGAGGUCACUCUUCUACCCCAAGGAGAUCUACAACCUCAUCAGGUACAAGAUGGGCGGCCUGGCCAAGGUGGAGCAGGACCCCAUGAGUGAGAGCCUGCAGACCUGCUACAAAUUCCUGGAGGAGACGGGCAGGAGCUACGCACUUGUUAUCCAGGCCUUGGAAGGGGAGCUACGCCAUGCAGCCUGUAUCCUCUAUCUGGUUACAAGGGCUGUAGACACUGUGGAGGAUGACCCGACUAUCAGUCUGGAGACCAAGAUCCACAUUCUGACAAACUUUCAGAACUUCCUGUACCAGCCUGACUGGAGGUUCAUGGACAGCAAGCAGAAGAAUCGCAUAGUGCUCGAGGAUUUCCCAACAAUCUCUCGGGAGUUUAGGAAUUUGGCUGUGGUCUACCAGGAGGUGAUUGCCAAUGCUGCUCAUGAGGUGGCGCUGGGGAUGGUGGAGUACCUACCGAAGCAAGUAGAGACUGUACAAGAUUGGGACAAGUACUGUUAUUACGCAUCUAGUCCAACGGUAAUUGGUCUGUCAGUAAUGUUCUCUGUCUCAGGGCUGGAAGAACCCAUAGUAGGAGAAGACACAAGGAUCUCCAUCUCUGUAAGUCUCUUAAUGCAGAAGAUCAACCUCAUCCGUGAUUUCUUGGAAGACCAGCUGAACGGACUAGAGUUGUGGCCAAAAGAGGUGUGGAGUAAAUAUGGGAAGAACUUGUCUGACUUUGCCAAGCCAGAAAAUAUUGUGCCAGCUGUGCAGUGUCUGAACGAGCUCAUCACAAAUAUCCUGCAACAUGUGCCUGAUGUCUUGUUGUACUUGUCCCGACUGCAAAACCAGCGAGUGUUCAAAUUCUGUGCAGUCCCCCUGAUGAUGGCUAUCGCUACAUUGGCCACCUGCUACAACAACUGGCAACUGUUUAAAAGAAAGGUAAAGAUCCGGAAGGGCCAGACUGUGACUCUGAUGAUGGAGACUACAGAUAUGCAGACUGUAAGAGCCAUCACAUCUCAGUAUGUGGAGGAGAUCUAUCAAAAGAUUCCCCCAAAAGACCCAUCAUCUGAAAAGACGCAAAACAUCUUGGCUACCAUUAGGAAACUAAGUGUGCCCAAUGGUGCUACUGGUGGCCCUCUGCUGGCAGUAACUGAGCAAUAUUCAGGACGGGGGUCCACAUGGACCAGUGGCAAUGCACCCAUCUCUCCAUGGUAAUUAUCUCUUGAGGGAUCCAGAGGAUUGAGACUUCUGAGGACACCAAUGCAGCUGAGAUGUAUAAAAGUAUUCCUUGAGCAAAUAAAAAUCACCUCUUUAUCCAUGCAGCUCAGGGUCACGCCCACCUUAUCUUCACCUCCUGUCGCUGUAUUCAACCACCUGGAGCAGAAGACGCAAUGAGUUUACACACCUAUGGACAUUCUGCAUGUGACUGUGCUGGCACUUGGCAUGCACUGGCUAUACACUAGUAGAAUUUCAUUAAAAAAAAAUUCAAAGUAAA